CCACAGGACCUGAACGCAGCGCGGCGCAGCGAUACGGACACAGUUCCGUCCCGAAGCCCGACAGAGAGCCGCUAAGCUAGUCACAGCUAACCCGCAGCAGCACCCGAGCCCAGCAACACCGUCGCGGCGUCUCGACGUUCACGUUAAAACAAGUAACGCAGAGUAAUGUCAGUAUUAACGACGAGUACAGUUAAUAUCAGGUAACGUUUCCGGCAGCCGUUUCGACCGAGCCGUAAAGAAGAGGAGGACUUCAUCCACCGCGUGUGUCGCUUUCUCUCAGAUACCGGCCGCCGUAAAGAAGAGAUGCCUCAGAAACAGAGGACCAAGUCCUGGACGGAGUUGAAACAAGCUGGAAAUGAAUGUUUCAAGACAGGCCAGUAUGGAGAGGCCACCAAUCUUUACAGCCAGGCAAUCAAAGAGCUGGAGAAGUCCAAUAAAAAGAACCCAGAGGAUUUGGGCAUCUUGCACUCAAACCGUGCAGCCAGCUACCUGAAAGAGGGCAACUGUGGCGAAUGUGUGAAAGACUGCAACACUUCUCUGGAGUUGUUCCCGUUCAACGUGAAGUCCCUGCUGCGCCGGGCCGCUGCCUACGAGGCUCUGGAGCGCUACAGGCUGGCUUACGUAGACUACAAGACGGCUCUGCAGAUCGACUGCAGCAUCGCAGCGGCUAGCGACGGCACCAACAGGAUGACGAAGGCGCUCACAGAGGCAGACGGCCCGUCAUGGAGAGAAAAGCUCCCCCCCGUCCCCACGGUGUCUCUGUCCGAUAGAGAGAAACUAUCCCAGAAGAGCACAGCCACCGCUGCACAGCCCACCGCGACCCCCAAACAGAACGGCACCCGACAAUCGAACAAACCUGUUCCCAGUGACAAAGACCUGAAGAAAGCACAAACCCUGAAGGAAGAAGGCAACGCCCUGGUGAAGAAAGGAGAGCACAAGAAGGCCAUAGAGAAGUACAGCCAGAGCCUCAAACUCAACCCCACCGAGCUCACGACCUACACCAACCGGGCGCUGUGUUACCUGUCGGUGAAGCAGUACCGGGACGCCGUCCGGGACUGUGACGAGGCUCUGCUCAUCGACAGCAGCAACAUCAAGGCUCUCUACAGGAGGGCUCAGGCUCACCUGGAGCUCAAGGACAUCAAAGGCUGCGAGGACGACCUGAGCACCCUUCUCAGGGUGGAACCAAAGAACGUGGCCGCCCUGAAGAUGCUGCAGGACGCGCGCAACCAGAAGUGAUGAGCCGGAGGGGGGGGGGGGCGGGGGGGCUUUAAGGAGCGGUCACUACGCAGCCUACGGGAGGGGGGCAGCCGAGCAGUGACACCAUCCGGCCGCCUUCGGUCUGUGUUUCCCAAAAGCUUUGUUCGAUUCCGCUGGAAAAAACGCCAGCUCGGCAUCAAGCUGCUUCUGGAAAACUCUGCUCCCCCCUGAGGGGACUGAGGGGGAUUCAGGAAGAAGCCUCGAUGAUGGUAUUCUACCGGUUUUAGUGUCACUGAGUAUUUAUGGUUAUUUAUGUAACGGCUGAGGUUAUUGCCAUGCAUCACGGUUCUAAACGGAGAAUAAACCUCUACCUGGUGUUGGAUGUGGAGCCCUGUCCACAUGUCAUGUGACCCAACUAAAGGCGUUGUCAUAUUCCCACAUCAGAAGGCUUCCAUUAAAUAAUUUGAUACGGUAAUAAGGAAUCAAUACAAUCCACUGCAGUGUAUGUCAAAAUAAUAAGUAUUCAGGUUGAAGGAAGGUUCCACAUCAACUUCUCGUUGCAGUUCCUUCUGUUUAGAAUUUAAAGUGCGUAUUGAAGCCUGAUCAUAGAUCCCAGCUGAAGGUUUAUUCUGCGUUUAGACUACAAGUAAACAACCAUUUUAACUUACUGUUCUCCACUCAGGUAGUUCAUUCUCCUGUGUUUGGUUCUGAGGCUUUCGAUCACCUUCUACGUGGGAUCCUCAUUGUCGGUUGUUUCGGGGGAGCUGAGCUGUGUUUUAGUUGACUGUCUGGGCCCCGAUAUUCUCAAGUCAUGUGAACACGAAGUACAGGUUGUACGUGUGCCGUUUAAGCUCCGCCCACCAAACAUAUCGACACAUCUGUCUCACUCCACUAUAAUUGUGCUUUUGACUUUUAGGUCCUGAGAGUCACUUUGUUCACAUGUCAUUCAAAAAGAAAGUGAAAGAACCCUGUUGGUUGGGUGGCCCGUACAAGAUGCUGUCCUGUGAUCCUGCUGUAGCUUGGCAAUCUCUAUCUUGCCCAAAGUGCCUGUCUAUCUCCUCCGUCUCUUCCCAAAUGUCCUACAUGCAAGGAAGGUUUAUGAAACUAAAUCCUUUUUGUUUACCGUUGUAUCAUUUCUGUAACUUUUCGUUUGAACUGCAAAUAAAAUAAGAAAUAAACA